UUUUAUUUUUUUUUUCCCUGAAAAAAAAAAAGAAAAAAUUUUUAUUAUUAUUAUUAUUAAUAAUAAUAAGGGUUGCGGAGCUGCACGGCGCAGCCAUGCCCGUCCCUCGGGCUGGGGAGUCCCUGCAGGGGAGCGGGGCCCGCCGGCCGCGGGGCUCCUCCGCCCUCCCCCUGCCUGCCUACUGCCUAACCAGCCCCCUCCCCGCUCUUCUCCCCCCUCCUUCCCCCGCUGUGGCAAAUCCUGAACCGCAAGAGAUCCGCUGGGCAUAGGGAGGGGAUAUAUAUAUAUAUUUUUUUUCUUUCUCCCCCCUACCUCCCACCACCCCCCUCCACUCAAGACCUGAGGAAAUCCAGUCCAAGUUCGCCGCGAUGACUGUGCUGCUGGCAUCGGGGUUUCUCCGCGGCAUCCCUGCCUCUGGACCGCCUCGCCGCUGCUCGCUUUGAAUCCUGAACACUGGGUUAAAGCUUAAUUCUCAUGUCGUGGUUGCUGGGCUGCUGCUUUCCUGUGUUUGGCGAUGGGAGGUGGAGGAAAAGGGAUUGUCCGUGAGUCAACACUGAAAAUGUGAUUAGGAUGAACUGCUUUCACUAAUCUGUGUCUAACCUUUUAGUCCAUGUUGGCCUGUGACCCCUUUCAGCUUUCAGAUCGAGCCUGAUUAGGUAAGUGUAAAUUAUUCACUCGGGGUGAGGGAAGGUGGAUGGAAACCUUUUACUCAGAGGCUUACCUACGAUCCUGGCCUCUCUCAUGAUGAGAAAUGAUGAGAAAGUUCAGCUGUAAACUAAUUCUGAGCAAAGCAGCAUUUGUUUACUUGUUGAAAUCUGUCCGUACGAGGCGUCUGCAGUCUGUCUGAUUUCCAGGAUCGCCGCUGAGCUGAGUGCCUGUGAGUUGCUGUGGGACGUCUCAGAUGACUACAGGCUGUAGCAAAAUAAAAAAAAUAUUUAUGAUCUUCAGAGAACUUUUUUUUUUUUUAAUUCGGAGAGCUUCUUCAUCACACUUCAGCACAUUGCCUUGGUUGUUUCACAGUUCCUCAGACAUUACUUCAGUUGCUCCUGCUUUUUGAUUUUUUCCCCCUAAAUACCCACCAAUCUGCAAUAUUGCAAGCUACCUGUAGCAUUUAGGUAGGCAAGAUUCCCUGCUGUGGCGAUGGUUAAAGCAGCUGCAACUGCAUGAAUUGCCUGAUUCCUAAACAACACGUUAUGAUAGAUAUUGCUGAGAGUUGUAAGAGGGUGCAUAGCCCUUGUGAUGGGAAAGGAGCUAGUCCUUCAAUUAAGAAGAUGUCUUUUGAAUUUGAUAAAGCUUGUGUAAUAUCCGGUGUCUCCCUCUGUUGUGGCUUUGGAAAAACUGCUUUGUCAACAGGAUCCCUUAGCUGCUUCUCUAGGAUUAAAGCCUUCUCCUGCUCCUGCUGCUGCUGCUGCUGCUGCUGCUGCUUUUUUCCUUCAGUUAAGGAGAACUAAUUGCUGAAAAUCUGCAGUCCACCAAAAAUCCCAAUACAGAAAAAAUGCCUCCUUGGGGGGUGGAGGGGGAGGACGUGUUCUCCUGUGUGUGCAGGCUAAUGCAUGUUUGUGUACGGUGCGUGUGUCUGUCCGCACACUGAGACAGGAGGACGAGAAGCAGUGCCACACACAUCCAAACAAGCCCUUUCUGGUGAGUGCCAGAAACUCCCUCCAUCACCCUCCCUCCCCGUAAGGCUCAUAUCUCAUCGAAAAGUUUCCUGCAAUACUUCGCCCAGUUCUCAGAUAGGUCAGGAACCAUGCUCCUGCUAGCGCUGCGCUGGCUGCUGGCUGGUGGGUAGGAAGGACGGCGCGCUGGUGGCAGUAAUGUGGCACCACGGGCAGCCAAUCGCGCACCCAAGGUGUAGGCACCGAGCCUGCUCUUGGCACUGGUUCUCCCGGGGGCGAUGCAAAGCUUCUCCCUCCCUGGGUUGCUCCAUGGCUCCGCCACUCGAGCCAAGCUCUCCAAAGGUUGGGCCGUGCUGCAUCGCUCCCCAAGUUUUCCAAAGGCUCCAGCCUCAGCAGACAGACACAUUUCAGCGGCUCCACGCGCUACGCAGGCAUUUAACAUCAUCCUGCUCUCAGCAUUUCUCCCUAGGAAUUCCUAAAAUGCUGAAUGAUGGUGAAGGUGGAUUACAUCGUGCUUUCUGUCAGGAUUAUACGGACCUGCCGCAGGCUGGGAGAUGUUGGUAGCCCAGCUAGCCUCUUCGUAAUACAGAGGGACAGUGGCUACAGCGGGAGGUUAAAACCAUGCUUAAAGUUGGGUUCAGAUCCCUCAAAACUGCAGUUUCAGGCAGGUACUUUAACUUCUGGUGCAGCAGAAAACUCAACUGCACGAAUGAGGAAAAUAAAAAUCAGGUGAUUCCUCUGAGCCACCAUCGGUAUAGGGGUAUUUUGUGGGCAUAUGCUUACACGUGUGCCUAAUUUAUGUAUUUCAUGUGCUUUAGUCUCAUUACAAAUAAUUGAGGAGAGGCUUAUUUCAAAUGAAACAGAGAUAGUUGUCUGCAUGGUUUUGUAAGCACUGAUUUAUUUUUGGUGGUGGUUGAAAGAAUGGUCUUUAGUAGUCAAUAUCCCUUAGUAUUUUGAGUUUGUUCUCACUUAAAAAUAUUUGUUUUCAGACCACCACACUGGUCUCCUUAUGGAAGCAGCUGUUUCUCUCUGGCAUUGAGACCCCAUGGAGAAGCCGAGGAGGGGGAUGGCUCUACAUAUCCAUGAAGCCUGGAUACUUCUGUUGGUAAUCCCUGGUUUGGUGACUCCAGCUGCCAUCAAUCAUGAAGACUACCCUGCCGAUGAAGGGGACCAGACCUCCAGUAAUGACAACCUGAUCUUUGAUGACUACCGAGGGAAGGGCUGCGUGGAUGACAGUGGCUUUGUGUACAAACUGGGAGAACGUUUUUUCCCGGGACAUUCCAACUGUCCCUGUGUCUGUACUGAGGAUGGACCUGUUUGUGAUCAACCAGAAUGCCCUAAAAUCCACCCAAAGUGUACAAAAGUGGAACACAAUGGAUGCUGUCCAGAAUGCAAAGAAGUGAAAAACUUUUGUGAAUAUCAUGGAAAAAAUUACAAAAUCUUGGAGGAAUUUAAGCCCUCGCCAUGCGAAUGGUGUCGCUGCGAGCCCAGCAAUGAAGUUCACUGUGUUGUAGCAGACUGCGCAGUUCCCGAGUGUGUCAACCCAGUCUAUGAACCAGAGCAGUGUUGUCCGGUCUGCAAAAAUGGUCCCAACUGCUUUGCAGGAACCACCAUCAUCCCGGCCGGCAUCGAGGUGAAGGUGGACGACUGCAACAUCUGCCACUGCCACAACGGGGACUGGUGGAAGCCGGCGCAGUGCUCCAAGCGCGAGUGCCAGGGCAAGCAGGCACUGUAGCGGCACAACCCCUGGCACUUCCCACCCCCGCCGGCCGCAGCAGGGUCACCAGCAAAGCCCCCGGGGACUCCGAGGGGUUCCUCGUGGGAGAGGGGGUCCCCCCACCAUCCCUUGCUUUACACCCCAUGUAUCCUCCAGCACCUGGGCAGCCGCUCCGCUUUGGUAAUCAUCAGUGCUUGGGAGGGAUUCGGCGGUGAGAUCUGGGGAGGAAAAAGGAAAAAAAAAAAAAAAAAAACACAAAAAAAAACAACUCUGUGCAAGUUCUUUGACUGGCGACGCCUCCGAGGCACUGGUUCAUCCACUGCUCUCACUUUCUACAGUGUGGACCGCGUUUUUUCACCGUUACUUAAUUUCUUUUGCUGUCAUGAUUUAUUUAUUAGGAUUUUUUUUUUUAAGCCUAUUCCUAGGAUGGGACAGUUGGGGCAAUACAGCUAUGAGCGAAGCAAUGGGUAAUUUCUAUUGUGUCUAUGCCAGUGGGGGGGGGGGGGCAGACACAUAGACCAAAAGGGGAGAAUGGGGCUGAGAAACACAACGGGAAGAUGCCCUGCAGGAGGAUGGAGGUGGCUGCAUGGGUAUGAGGUUGGAUGGCCACGAGGUGAGCUGUACUUGUGCUACACCUUCCCCAUCACGUGGGGACAAGGCAGAUGAGGACUGGUCACCAACAUCGUUGCAAGGACGUCAGAAAAGCAGCCGCUCCCCUGGGUUUGAGAGGUUUCUCCCCAGCUCUUUCUCUUGGGCCAGUUAUUCUCCCUGUGAUAUUUGGGGCCAAGCUUACACAGGAAGGGAGUUUUGAGGGCUUGGGUUGGGGUUUGGCUCACCUCUGGAUGUGAUGUCCCAUUGGGGUGGUGGAGAGAGCCUGGGGCUCUCCUCGGGGGCCAGGGCACAGCCACCCGUGUUCCUGGGAGCAGCCAAAGCCACAGGCAUGGGAGGGCUGGGACACGCUGGCCAUGUCCCGGGGCAGCAGGGACCAAACCCUCACGCACCAGUUCCCCUUCGUGCCGGUACGGCGAGGGAAAAGCCACCAGGGUCCCUCCUGCACCCACGCUCCGGUUGCUGCUUUUUGCCCAUCACCAUCAUUUUGGCCAGACGUCAGCCCAGCACCUGCUCUGCGCAGCGACGACAGCAAAUCCUGCCCACGGCAUCCUCCACCGAAACCAGUCAGCACAGUCAUCGAUGAUGCACCGCUGCCUUUAUAUUUUUAUUUCUUCCCCAUUUUGUGUUUCGGCAGGGGGCAGGUCCUCGGCUGGCACAGGACAAGCACUAGGGUGGUGCUGGCCGUGGUGCUGCUGAGAAUUUGCUCCCUGCAGAGCACCAUGAGCGAAGCCAUCGUCACAUUUAUUUGUAAGCUGUUGCCUGUCAGUGACUACCCAUCUUCAACAUUUUCAAACAAUAGUGUGCCUGAAACUAGUGACGAAAAAAAAACAAGAAACAAAAAACAAAA